AUGGCGUGGACCUCGAAGAGCACCAGGUUCACCGCGGCGCAGGAGGACGCCAACCCAGUCGUUGGGCCUGGCUCGUACGCCGCGCCGCCGCCUCCAAGACGCCAAACGGAGCCGAGCUACGCGCCGUUCGGCUCGGACAAGGCGCGCAUCACCAGCGAGCCGCGCAACGAAGACAGGGCGGAGCGGUACCCCGUUCCACCGCCAGGCGCCUACGACCCCAAGCUGCCCAGCUCCUACAACUCCGGCCUGCCCAGGAAGGCCGCGCCCUUCCUGUCGAGCGCCCUCCGCGCGGGGGGCGUCCCCGCCGACGCCAAGGAGUUCACGCCGGGGCCGGGCGCCUACGAGGCACCCGAGGCCUCCUUGCGCGUGGAGGCGUGCCGCACGAUGGGCGCUCCGCAGGGCGUGAAGGGCCUCAUGUUCCGCUCGGCGAGCGCGCCCUCCAUACCGCGGGCGCAGCAGUGCUUCGGCUACGAGGAGAGCGGCGACGGGCGGCUGGUGCGGCAGCCCCCGAAGAACGCCUCGCAGCUGCUCGCCGGCGUCGGCGCGGAGACGGCGGGGCCGGGGCACUACGAGGUGGGGACCCGCGGCGAGAAGCAGAAGGCCCCGCUCGGCGUGUUCGGGCGGGGGCCGCCCAGGACGACCCACAAGGUGGUCGAGACGCCCGGGCCUGGCCACUACAUGGAGAGGGGUGCCCCGCGCGGCCGUGGGCCCCUGUCGAGCUUGGCCUCUGGCACCGAGAGGCUGGCGUCGAAGGCCGAGGAGAGGCCCGGGCCCGGCGCCUACUCUGUGACGGCGCCAGGGCGCAAGAGCUUGCGGGAACUCAACCCCGAGUUGCAGUUCUUCGGCAGCACCGCCGAGCGCUUCCAGCGAAAGCCAAGCGACGGGGUGCCGGGCCCCGGUCAGUACGAGGCUCCUCGCAAGCGCGCCGCCAGGCCGCCGGCCAAGACAUCGUUCGGCAUCUCUGACCGCUUCGAGGGUCCCUGCAGCCACGCAGCGUUGACCUCGCACCCAGAGCUGCCGGGGCCAGGGGCCUACGAGCAGGAGGUGCUGUCGAAGACCUCUGGGGCCCUGGGCACAGCGUCCGUGCUUGCCAGCACUGGGGUCCUCGCCUUCGGCAGCAUGCAGAGCCGCGCGACCCGGGGAGUCGCAGAGACCCCUGGGCCCGGCAACUACGAGGCGCCGGCAGGGCUGUCGGCGCCGGAGCACGCCGCCCCGCAGGGGCAGCUCCGCACCGGCCGGGCGCACCCGCCCAACGCGGUGUUCGCCUCGGAGAGCGCCAAGAACUCCCUGAUGCACGCGACGCUGAAGGAGGCCGAGAGGGUGCCGCCCCCCGGGCAGUACACGCCCCUGCUGGCAAGGGACACGUCGGCGGUGGUGCGCAUGCCCCCGAAGUCCGAGGGCUUCCUCUCCGCGGCCCCGCGCUCGGCCCCGCCCGCCAGGGCCGAGCUGGGCCCGGGGCCCGGCAUGUACACGCCCGGGGAGCUCACGGGCGGCAAGCGCCUGGGCACGUACAACCGCGCCAUCGCGGAGGGCCUCCGCGGGGGCUUCGGCUUCGGGCACUCCGGCAAGCGCUUCAGCGACAAGGCGGCGGCCACGCCCGGCCCGGGCGCGCACCAGGUCCAGAGCAGCUGGGUCUCCAAGAGCUACAACGUGCACUUCGGCGGCGACUGA